AUGGACAAUCCUCAGCACGCUCCACACGUCCCUAGUACCUGGACAGCCGGUGGUGGCAGGGGUGCCAGAAGACUCUCCGCAACACCCACCAACAUUGAAGAGCUCACCCAGCACUCUUCCUCCCCCUCCUCCGAGACCGUCAACACAAUCGUCAAGCCCAAAUCCGGCAAUGACGUCAAAGGCGACCAUACUUCCUCACCAUUGGUCCCCAUCAAGGCAGGAGGAUCAGUCCGCUGGCCGAUACUGGCCACCGCCUGCCUCAUCAUGUUUGGCAACUACUUUGCAUUCGACAACCCGGCAGUUCUCAACAAGCCGCUUCAGGAAUACAUGCGCAUGACUGAUGGCCAAUUCGCAUAUUUCCUGAAUUUACUCUACACGACCUACUCGAUCCCGAAUGUCAUCCUCCCCUGGCUUGGUGGAUACGCCGCAGACCGUUUCGGGCACAACAAGCUAUUGAUUGUUCUUUCGAUAUUCGUGGUUCUGGGACAGUUGGUGGUUUGUUUGGGACUUGAGCGACGCAACAUUGGGAUUAUGAUUCUUGGCAGGGUGGUGUUUGGAGCGGCCGAGAGUUUGGCGGUUGCCCAGUCGGCGAUUACGGUCAAGUACUUUCGAGGCAAGGAGUUGGCUAUGGCUCUAGGGAUCAAUCUUUGUGUGGGUCGGAUGGGUGGUGUUAUGAAUGACUUUGUCACGCCUAUUAUCUGGUCCAAAUCCUCAGUCCCCUUUGCGUUUUGGUGCGGACUUUUUGUGUGUGUCUUUUCGUUGGCGAUGGCGCUUGUGCUGGUGGCCACAGAUCUUCGGUUCGGAGCUCAUGUCCGUCCUGAGAAUGUCCCCUUGGAACGGUCGCGUCCUUCCAGCUGCAUGAUCGAUGCUAGACUCUCCUUGGAUACCUUCUCUCAUGCCAACACUUCGUUCAAACAGGGUGCCCCUCCUUCGAUCCAGGACAUCACAAUGCAGCGAAUGAACGGCCAUCUCAAGCAUUUCAACCAUCGUCCCAAUGGCGGCCACCUUGACAAGGAAACCACCUUGCAAAAGUGUAUCCGUCAACUCCAUCCGCUCUUUGACUACUCGUUGUCUUUCUGGAUCCUGUUCGUGAUAGGGUUCCUGCUGGUCGGCAUCAUUGUUCCCUUCAACAGCAUCCAUGCCGGCUUCCUCCAAAUGCGCUGGUACCCUGGCGACCCUCUCAAAGCUGCCCAGAUCAUGACGAUACCAGACCUACUAGCAGGAGUCCUCAUCCUCCCCGUCGGCUGGUUUGUAGACCACUACGGCCAAAAGUCCUGGCUCUUCAUCCUCUGUGGACUAAUCACAGGCACCGCGCACGUGUUCUUGGGUGUCGUCAAGAUCAAGGACCCUUUUCCCUUCCUCAUCUCCCUAGGUGUCUCCUCUGCGAUCGGCGCCAUCUUUUCUAGCGCCGUCCCCGUCCUCGUCCGCAGCGACCAGACGGCCACCGCCUAG